CGCCUCUGCUUCAUAUAAAUAGAGGGUCACAUUUAUUACUACAUUCUUGCGUGUGACUCGUCGUCAGUCUCCUGCCUAACCAUCUUCAGUACUUGUCUCCUCCUCACCCUCCUUACCACUCAGUCCUCGCCAGAAACAAAACAAGAAAAGAAACGGAAAACAAAAUGGCCACUACCACCACGUUCACACCACCCGCCACCCAAUCGGGCCUGGUUGUCGACGACCAUGACAACGUCAUCAUCCGCCCGGACUGCCCCUUCCCCUCAGUUCCCCCAGACCAGGUCCUCGUCCGUGUGCACGCCGUCGGCGUCAACCCCAGCGACACCAAGAUGCGCGGGCCGUUCGCCCUCCCCCACGCCAUCCUUGGCGCGGAUUUCGCGGGCGAGGUCGUCGCUACCGGGGCAGACGUGACCGACGUGCAGAUAGGCGACCGCGUGUGCGGGGCGCAGAACGAGCUGUUCAGGGAGAGCCCGGAGCGUGGGGCGUUUGCGGCCUACAACGUGACUCGCGGCCGGAUGUGGAUGAAGAUCCCUGACGCGUGGAGUUACGAGGCCGCCGCGAGCCUGCCCGUGGGUCUAUGCACCGCCGGCCUGGCGCUGAAGCUGCUGGGUCUGCCGCUGCCGGACCAGCCGGUCGACAAGGGCGCGCAUGUGCUGGUGUAUGGCGGGAGUACGGCCACGGCGACAAUUGCCAUUCAGCUCUUGAAGUUGUCUGGGUUGAUUCCUAUUGCCGUGUGCUCGCCCAAGAACUUUGCCCUGGCGAGGAGCAACGGUGCCGAGGAGGUCUUUGACAGGCAUGAUAAGGAGUGUGCGCAAAAGAUUAAAUCCUACACGAAAAACAACCUCAAAUACGCACUCGACUGCAUCACCAGCGUCGAGUCGACCGUCCUCUGCUUCGCGGCCAUCGGGCGGGCGGGCGGCAAAUACGUCUCGCUGGACCCGUGGCAGGAGCACGCGGCCACGCGCAAGGUCGUCAAGUGCGACUUCACCGUCGGGCCCAGGGUGUUUGGCGAGGGGUGUACGUGGCCCGCACCGUACGCGAGUGGGCCGGACCAAGAACUGAAAGAGUUCGGGGUGAGGCUCUGGGACGUGGCGAGGACGCUGGUCGCCGAGGGGAAGCUCAAGAACCACCCCCUCAGGGUGCUGGAUGGCGGGUUCGAGGCGGUGAUGGCGGGGAUGGAGCUGAUUCGGGACAAGAAGCUGUCGGGGGAGAAGAUAGUAGUGCGGAUGUAAUCCGUAGAUGCAGAUGUCUCCGUAGAUGUGGAUUGGUUGGUGAAAGACGCUACAGGGUUGACAGUCCAGUGGUAGUUUAAUUAAGGAUUCGGUUUCGGGUGUGUUUUCGGUGUACCGCGCGCUAGCAUGAGGCU